CUCUCUUCCCUUCUCUCAUCUUAAAUAAGAUCACAAAAUGGUAACUUUAACAGGAGUUUCACUGCCUCGUCUGGUUACUAUGAUGGUAGUGGCAGGACUAGUCUCUCUGACAAUCCUCUACUGCUGGUCAUCAACUCCAAAGAACUGUCCAGCUCCACAAACAAACCCGAAACAAUACAUAGAACGUUACUUUGGCGAGAAAAGUGACUCUCCAACUGGUACACCAAAAGAAAAACCUAUCCUUCUGUUGUGGUUCUGGCCUCAAAAUUACUAUUUUGAUUUCAGUGACUGCAAAACCAUUUAUGACAUUGAUGGUUGUCAUUUGACGGAUAAUAGAUCACUCUACGACAAAUCAGACGAUGUCCUCAUCUUUCACAGAGGCAUCCACUGGGAUCUGUCUAAUCUCCCCCCAUCGCCUCGUCCUCGGUUCCAGAGGUGGAUUUGGUUUAAUGUAGAAUCACCGACCAACACAGCAAAAAUACCCGGUCUGGAGAACCUCUUCAAUCUCACCCUCAGCUACAGACAUGAUUCUGAUAUUCUUGUACGGUUGCGUUUGAGAACCAGGAAGAAACCAGAGGAGGAUUUUGUAAUCCCAAAAAAGGACAAACUGGUUUGCUGGAUUGUAAGUAACAAUCUUGAAUGGACAGGUGUGGGCACAAGGAAGAAGUUUUUUGAAGAGUUCAGCAAACACAUAAAUGUCACUCUGUUUGGAAAGGCUUAUGCUAAGUUUUUGGAUUACAAUGAGUACUAUCCUACCCUCGCUAGCUGCAAAUUUUACCUCUCUUUCGAGAACUCCAUUCACGAGGACUAUUUUACAGAGAAGAUCAACGGUCCUCUUUCUGUAGGAACUGUUCCUGUGGUUUUGGGUCCUCCAAGAAAGAACUAUGAAAACUUUUAUCCUAGAGACUCCUUUAUUCAUGUGGAGGACUUUCAAGAUCCAAAGUCAGUGGCAGAAUAUCUGCUUCAGCUGGAUAAAGAUGACGUUGCCUAUCGCAGAUACUUUGAUUGGAGGAAACAUCUUGUGGCAACUCCUCAUUUAAUACAGCAGACCCAAGAGUUCAUUCUAGCUAUAUGCACUGCCUGUGAUUAUGUAGCACACCAUAGGGAAUAUAAAGAAGCUCAUGAUAUAUACGACUGGUUUUUUCAAUAAUAUGUAAAUAUAAUCUGAGGUUUGCAAGCUGAAAGAAUUUGAAUACAUUUUAUAAGGUGUCUGCAUGUGAUUGUUCUUUUUUUGCAUGAAGUAUUUAGCAAUUGAGACCAAAUGCAUUCAGUAACUGCAUGAAUUCCAUAUGUUAAGCUAUUGCCUUUUCUGUGGAAAUAAAUAAGUGUAAAAAAA